UUUACAAGUAACAUGCAGUUUUGUAGUAGAGAUAAAUUCUUCAUUUUCUCUCGACACCUGUUAAAGAUGUUUCAGCUGCAUCGUGGUUUUAUAUUCAGAUUUCCUGUUAGGAACACUGACUGCAGACCUGUUCAUGUUGGAGCCAAAGCGGAACUUAGAAAAGUGUUUACUAAAUCUGAUGUUACAACAUUUUCUGAGUUAACUGGAGAUGCAAAUCCACUCCACCUCAAUGAAGAAUAUGCUAAAAGUACAUUGUUCAAAAGGCCCAUUGUUCAUGGAAUGUUAAUUAAUGGAUUGGUUUCUGCAGUUUUGGGGACGAAAAUGCCCGGAGCUGGAUGUAUAUUCCUCUCUCAAGAAAUCCGUUUCCCUGCACCAUUGCAUAUUGGAGAAGAGGUCUUGGCAUCAGUGGAAGUGAUAAAAAUCAGAAAAAAUAUUGCAUGGGUUUCUGUUGCAUGUUCUGCAGAAGACAAAAUUGUUAUGGAAGGAAAGGUUCAGGUAAUGUUACCUGAGGUUCAUAAAAUCUAUAACAAGACUGACUUGUAGCUAACAGUGAGUUCUGCACAUAGUCUAAAAGUAUUAUUAGAAAUCAGUGUCAUAUUGUGUUAUGUGGGUUAAAAUGAUUACAGUGUUAACCAACAAUAUUGAAAAAUGUAUUUUUAAAUAAAAAAUAUACCUAAAAAGGAA